UCCGAGCCGCGUUGGAUGUAGCCGCGACUGGGCGUAGUGGCGCCGUUGUGGUUGUGUUGGCUGUGCGUUGUGGCUUGCCUAGCUUCAGCUUCAGUGCGGUCGGUGCACCACUGAGCACCAAUUGGGGCCGCUCUCCUUUCAACCCCCGUGCACCGGUGCAGUAGAGCAGUGUGACGACGCGGCCUGUAAUGGCAAAGGGUGGCCGCUGUUGCUGUUGGAUGUCGUUGCUGCUGCUGCUGUUGUUGUCGUCGUCGUCGUCGUCGUCGGCCAGUCUUCCCACUAAAAGGAUUAUCAGCGGCGAUAGCGAAUGUCGCCGCGGCUCGUGCAGUUGUUGUAGUGGCGUAAACAACGAAACUGCUUCACCCUGAUUCGCGCAGGGCGCAUCUUCGACCUGGUUGCGGUGCGGUGCCGUGGAGGAAGUGACUGUGUGCGAUUGCAGGAAGGCUAAAGGGAUCACCGAAAAGCGCCUGCUUCGGAUGUGUUCAGUGUACGAGAUGGCACAAAGUCAGCAGAGCUUUUUGAAACAGGAAGCGGGCCAGUUGAGCAGAGAGGAUACGCUGCUGAAGAUGGCGGACCACCGUUCGAGCUGGAGUCGCGUGCUGGCAGACAACAAACUGAUCCUGAUUACGCUGAGCGGUGUCCUACUCGGAGUUAUUAUAGGCUUUACGUUUCGUCCGCUAGGUUUGUCCAGUGACUCGCUCAUGCUGAUCGCCUACCCCGGAGAGCUAUUUAUGCGCGUGCUGAAACUGAUGAUUCUUCCCCUCGUGAUAGCGAGCCUCAUCAGCGGCUCGUCCAGCCUGAACGCGAAGCUGAAUGGCAAGAUAGCGCUCCGUACGUUUGUGUACUUUCUGACCACGUCGCUGCUAAAUGCAAUCCUCGGCACUACACUGGCGCUUAUCAUACAUCCGGGAAAUCCGACCGCCGAAAGUGCGGCGCACACGGAGCUACUUCGAGACACGGCGCCUCUCAACAAAGCCAAAACGGUGAGCCUCAUGGACAGUGUGCUGGAUCUGGGAAGGAACAUCUUCCCGGAUAACAUCUUCCAGGCCGCUCUACAGCAAGCACACACCGUGUACGUUCCAAAGGAAAUGCCCGGCAUGGUGGGCAACGAUACGGAACUGUCCCACACCUCCGCCCCGGUAAUGGCCUCCUCCUCCUCCGCCUCCGCCUCCUCGGUGAAUCUGAUGGAAUGGUCAACGGAGCAGAACGUGGAGUGGAUCCGAAUCGUCGAGUACCGUUCCGGCACCAACUCGCUCGGGAUCGUGUUCUUCUGCCUGGUGUUUGGCACGCUGCUCGGCACGAUUGGGCGCAAGGGGUACGUGGUGGUGCAGUUCUUUUCCGCCAUCUUCGACGUGAUCAUGAAGAUGGUGACGGGCGUGAUGUGGCUGACGCCGAUCGGCAUCAGCAGCGUGAUUGCGGGCAAAAUCCUGAGCGUCGACGAUGUGGGCUUCGUGAUGACGCAGCUCGCCUGGUUCAUCUUCACCAUCGCGCUCGGCGUGUUUUUCUACCAGUGGAUCAUCCUGCAGGCGAUCUACUUUGUGUUUCUGCGGAAAAACCCGUUCCGCUUCUACCUGGGGCUGGUGCAGCCCAUCCUGACCGGCUUUGCGACGGCUUCGACCGCCGCCGCCCUUCCGCUGACCUUUCGCUGCAUGAACGAGCGGCUUAAGAUUGAUUCGCGCAUCACGCGCUUCGUGCUGCCGAUCGGCUGCAACAUCAACAUGGACGGCACGGCACUGUUCAUCGCGGUGGCGUCCAUUUUUAUCGCGCAGAUGAGCAACAUGAGCCUGAACGUGGGCCAGGUGGUGACCGUGGUGCUGACGUCAACGGCCGCCUCGAUGAGCUCGGCCAGCAUCCCGUCGGCUGCGCUCGUGCUGCUGCUGAUCGCGCUGUCCGCCAUCGAUGCACCGAUCAACAACGCGACGCUACUGUUUGCCAUCGAUUGGUUUGUAGAUCGCAUCCGGACGACGAACAACCUGCUGGGCGAUUGCUACGCUGCUGCCGUGGUGGAGCAUCUGUCCCGCAACGAGCUGAAGAUCUCCGACAUUGAUGCGUACUACAAGGACGACGACAUUACGUCCGACGACCAGUGCGAGCAGGACGUGAACGGCAAGCGGAAGCUGUCCUUCCCCAACUCUGUGAUCUUAAAUGUAGAAGUGUCGACACCGGUUUCCAACACUUGAACACCCCCCCCCCCCAGAACAAUACUGUUUUUAGAACGUAACUUUUAUCCCACCCCACACAUAGAGGACCACAUAGGAUUCCAUACAGAGUAGAAAGAGAGCUGAGAGAGAGAGAGAGAGAGAGUGAGUUAGAAAGAGAGAGAGA